GACCUGCUCGACCCGCUGUCGGGCGAGGUGAUCGUCAAGCGCAACGAGAUGAUCGGCGAGGACCUGGUCGAGCGCAUCGACACCGCCGGCAUCGACGCCGUGAAGAUCCGCUCGCCGCUCACCUGCGAGUCGCGCAGCGGCAUCUGUGCCAAGUGCUACGGCCGCGACCUGGCCCGCGGGACCGAGGUCAACAUCGGCGAGGCGAUCGGCGUGAUCGCCAGCCACGACGCCGUCAUUCAGGUCAAGAACAAGAACGUCGUGGCCAACUCCGAGGGCGUGUCCAUCGUCAUGGGCCGCAAUCUGGAGGUGGUGCUGGCCGACGAGGGCGGCCGCGAGCGCGCGCGGCACCGUGUGCCCUACGGCUCGCGCCUGCUGGUCGACGACGGCACCCAGGUGACCAAGGGCCAGAAGCUGGCCGAGUGGGAUCCCUACACGAUCCCCAUCAUCACCGAGAAGGAGGGCAUCGCGAACUACGUGGACCUGGUCGACGGCCUGUCCAUGCGCGAGGUCACCGACGAGACCACGGGCAUCUCCAGCCGCGUGGUGGUCGACUGGAAGCAGCAGCCGCGUGGUUCCGACCUGCGGCCGCGGAUCACCUUGCGCGACGAGAAGGGCGACGUGGUCACCCUGCCGAACGGCACCGAGGCCCGCUACUUCAUGUCGGUGGACGCGAUCCUCUCGGUGGAGAACGGCGCCAAGGUGCAGGCCGGCGACGUGCUGGCCCGCAUCCCGCGGGAGUCGACCAAGACCCGCGACAUCACCGGCGGUCUGCCGCGCGUGGCGGAGCUGUUCGAGGCGCGCAAGCCGAAGGACUACGCGAUCAUCGCCGAGUCCGAGGGGCGCGUGGAGUUCGGUCGCGACUACAAGACCAAGCGCCGCAUCCUGGUGCGGCCGGAGGACGGCGGCGACGCGGUCGAGUACCUGAUCCCCAAGGGCAAGCACCUGGCGGUCCAGGAAGGCGACUACGUGCGGGUCGGCGACCUGCUGAUGGACGGCAACCCGGUGCCGCACGACAUUUUGGACAUCCUCGGCGUCGAGGCGCUGGCCGAGUACCUGGUCAACGAGAUCCAGAGCGUCUACCGGCUGCAGGGCGUCAAGAUCAGCGACAAGCACAUCGAGGUGAUCGUUCGCCAGAUGCUGCAGAAGGUCGAGAUCAUGGAGGCCGGCGACACCACUUUCCUGGUCGGCGAGCAGGUCGAUCGCGACGAGUACGAGGAGGCCAACAACCGGGCGCUGCUGGAGAACGGCAUCCCGGCCAAGGGCAAGCCGGAGACCACCCGGGUGCUGACCGAGGCGGCCGUCAACGGCAAGCUCGACAACCUGGUGGGCCUCAAGGAGAACGUCAUCGUCGGCCGCCUGAUCCCGGCCGGCACCGGCUCGGUGAUCAACCGCCUGAAGCGGAUCGCCGCCGAGCGGGACGCCGUGAUCGAGGCCGAGCGCAGCAAGGCCGAGCUGGAGGCCGCGGCGGAGGCCGAGGCCGCCACGGCGGCCGAUGUCGA